GCUCACUUUUUCAUUUUGCACAGGCGACAAAAGAGGUCAAUUAGAACAACCAAUACGCCGAUCACGCGGACCCGAACGUCUGUAUUUUCAAGACAGUCCGGGUCAUCUUUGAUGUUAAUGUGGAUCGCUGUUACUUUUCGCUCGUAGGUUUUUUUUGUCUGCACUCUUUCUCACACGAACGUCAUCGAAAAGCGUUAGUUUUUACUACGGUCAUCAACUGAAGAGGAAAGGAUUUCUACUUUUGCGGUAAUCUUUCAACAUCGUAUUCAACUUAUUAGCCAUGCAAAAAUUCACGAAUGACAAUAGGCUGCUCAAGAAAACAAGUGCAACAUGACAACCGAGAUUAUUCUCCUGCAGCACAUCCCGAGGACUUAUAGUGCCACUACUCCUGUCGAUGAGCCAAGAAUUCAGUCACAGCACGAUCGGAUCCAGCGCUUGGAUAUCGCCUUCCGUCAGUUCCCGCUUUUGCACCGCCGAAGAAGAGAGGAAAAAGCGUUUCGCAGGAUGCGUGCUCGUGGACAAGCUGGCCGAGAAGCUCUUGCUCGACCGGCAACUGAAGGAGCAGCAGCAUCAGCAAAGGCAGUUCGGCUUGCAGUAUCCGCCUUCAACGUCGUCCGGGACGAGGAAUGUCGGACCAGGAGGAAAACGACCACAGCAGCAGCAGCAGCCCCCAGGAGCAACCACCGUCUCCUCUAUCAUGACCGGCAACGAAAAGUCGGAGUUUCUGGCGGGCGCGCACUACUACUUCCAACAGUUCUUCAGUCACCGAGGUUUUCACCAGGAGCGGCCCGAGACGGUGGCGCUCGCGAGCGUGGUGCUAAUCUCCAAAGUGUUUGAGCAGCCCAUGGUUUUGAAUCCGCUGCUCGACGUUUUCUUUCUGCAUUUCGCGAACAUAUCAAGAGGAAAAAUCCCCCCUCCCCAUAUCGAAAACGAAGUUUCUGAUGCUGGAUCUGUGUACACAAAUCAGCUUUGUAUUGUAGAGAGGCAUGGCGGCCAGAUCCCCAGGCUAGGGAGGGGCGUAUGGGUCUAGUUGUUCAGCAUGGCAAAAGGCUCCCCUUUAGGCCCAACAGCGUGGCAAAUCGCUUCCAUAAUGGGGCGGAAGCUUCUGCCCUUGUCUUCUUGCAAGACAGAUGUGAUUUGUGGCCUCAAAUCCGCAACACAAAUCUUUGGAAACAUACCUCUUCAAUAUGGGGAGGGGGGAUUUUUCCUCUCAAUAGAACACGCCGGAGAUUCGCGGCAAGGUGAUUCCGGAGGAGAUGUUCUACGAAGUCGCAAAACACCUACCGGUGCUUGAGUUGCAUGACGACGCACUGGAUAGAAUUGUUGACAACUCGGACGAGAAAGAGGUUGACAGCGCCGGUAUUCAUCAUCCACCUCCGGCGUCGAAGAAGGCGAAAACGGGAGACAGGUCAGGUCCACACGUAGUUGUUGGCAACGAGAGCGGGACGACGGGGACGAAUCGAAAGGAGAAGGCGAAAGCGAGGCAGCACGAGGAGCUGAUGCAAAGGAGAACGACGGAGGAGGGUAUGGUGACGAGGGAAUGCAGGGAGUUACUCCGCAAGCAGAUCGUGAAGUGCGAGUCUUUGCUCCUUCGCGCGAUAAAAUUUGACUUCGAGCGGCCGACGCGGUUUGCGCUGGAUUUCGUGGAGCGGUACUGCAAAAAACUUCCGCAGGUCUACACGCAGUUCGCGGUCGCGAAGCAGCUAGGCGGCGGUGGAUUAGGUAGUUCAGCAACUUCUGGCAGUAUUAACGCAGGAGGUGCACCACAACUCUUCGGCGACACGCCCCUGUCCCCUGCGGAUUCCGAUUUUUCCGUCCCAUCAAAUACACCGAGGCACCAUGGCGCAGUUGUUGGCGGGAGUAGAACUCUACUAGGCAGUACUGCAGCCCAGCAACAGCAAUUAUCCACGUCGGGAAUAAUACCGAUGGGCAAUAAAGGAGGAUCUAUGCAGCUGCGUGGGGGUGGACCGCAGCAAGUCAAUGCUGGUAGGAACAAUAAAAAUCCGCCUUCCGCGACCACCCUUCCCGGCGAGGUGCUGACCCAGAUCCAGCGGCAGUCGCGGCUCCGGGUGCUGGACUGCUUCCGCACGAUGAUGCCCCUGAAGUACUCCGCGCGGGCACUCGCCCUGGGCUGUGUCAAGCUCGCGCUGCGGCUCAUCGCCAAGCGGUCGGGGUUGGAAAUUCUGCAGAAGCUGGACAUGCUCGUGUUGGACAAAAAGGUGGUGGUGAUCACGAGGCUAGAGAAAAAUAAGUUCAUCGAGUCGGAACAGGAAAUCACGAACGUAACCCGGGACCUGCAGAUUUUGAUCAAAUUGGCGGACGAAUACAAGAAGGAACAGCAGUAGGUGUAGAUAGAAGAAGAUUUUCUACAGUAGCGACAUUAUUUCGACUUUUUUCAACAUCAGCGACAAGAAACAAGGACCGUUGGUAGUUUCAUCCCAUAAGCGGCAUAGGCAAAAAAACGACUUUCGAAAGCGGCGACCUGCUGUUGGAGGAGGUGCGGACACUUGUUGCUCUUAAACCUGGAGGACAUCAUAAACAGCACCCGCGUCGUGGUCCUGCGGUCUUUAGACACACCUCCUGCAGUUCUACUAAG